AUGCUGAAACCAAACUCGCCCACUAUCCUCGACAUCCGUCGCAGCAACUUUGAUGAUUCCAUUCUCGAUCAGGUGUGGCAAGGCUUGAAGAGUCAACCCAAAACGCUUCCAGCACUGUUAUUCUAUAGUACCGAAGGAAUCCAGCACUGGAACCAACACUCUCAUGCCAGCGACUUUUAUCCCAGGAAGGAAGAAACACAAAUCCUUCGGGAUGAGGCAACGAAGAUGGCUGCAUCCAUCAAGGACGGGAGCAUAGUUGUUGAUCUGGGAAGCGCUUCCUUGGACAAGGUUCUUCUGCUACUUGAGGCACUUGAAGACGCGCGCAAGUCCGUUACCUACUAUGCGCUCGAUCUAAGUUUCGAGGAACUGGAAUCAACUCUCCAAGCAAUCCCCCAAAGCAAAUUUCGUUAUGUACGCCUAGGUGGUCUUCAUGGAACUUUUGAAGACGGACUUCACUGGCUAGAUGAGACCCCUCAUGUUCAGAAUCUCCCUCAUUGCUUGCUAUUAUUCGGUCUCACGAUCGGUAACUUCUCUCGCUCGAAUGCAGCGGAGUUUCUGCGCAAUAUUGCACAAAAGGCUUUGGCCCGGUCUCCGGAUCAAAGUUCUAUCAUCAUGGCUCUCGAUAGUUGCAAAGUUCCAACCAAGGUACUUCGCGCAUACACCGCAGAUGGUGUGGUUCCCUUUGCUCUCGCGUCCUUGAAGUAUGGCAAUCAUCUUGCCGAAAAGCAGUAUGGCCUGGGCCAGUCAGCCAUUUUCAAUCCCCAUGAAUGGCAAUAUCUCAGUGAAUGGAAUUUUGUCCUGGGCAGACAUGAAGCCUCUUUAAUUCCUACCUCGCGCGAGGUGACAUUGCAGUCCCCUUCGAAUCAGGUCGUUGUUCGGCGCGAUGAGAAAGUCCGAUUCGGUUGCAGCUACAAAUACGACGAGGAGGAGCGAGAGGAGCUUGUUUCUUCUGCAGGACUGUACGAGUCCAGUGUUUGGUCACAUAAGGGGUUUGACGUGGCAUUCUAUCAACUGAAGCUUGCCUCGCCAUCUUCCUGA